AUGACUGGUCUCAAGCAUUUCGAAUUGAAGAAAAUUUCAGACGAUACUACACAGGAUAAUGGUCCCGCAGCCGGCCUGCUCGCUGCUCAUCGAUAUGACCCAAACGCAAAUUGGAUGGUUGUGGCCUGCAACUUUCCUGUUCCUGUACCUUGCUUCGUCAAUACAGCUGGAUUCAGCGAGCCGAUAUUAGCAAUUUGGAGCUCAGAGGCUCUUCAAAAGCUUCGUGAGAACGUGGAGGGCGGUCGUUCGGGUCCGAAUUACGCGAUCAAACAGCUCAAGGGCAAACUCAUCACGCCAGCUGAGGAUGAUUGGAUCCUGAACACGGAUACCCGGGAAGAGUAG